UCUGAGUACAAAGAUUACAGAACCAUUACGAGGAUUGCAGGUAGCUUUAAUAGCAAGAGUGAAAGAUCUGUCUGAGAAAUGUUAUAUGGACUGCUACGUAAGCUAUGGCAAUAUGCAGAAAUGUAAAGGUGAAGUCAUAACCUCUUUGGAAAAGUCUGAGUAUGAAGAUUACAGAACCAUUGCAAGGGAUU